UACGAUGGCCAAAUAUCCUAUUUUUAAUCUCUUGAUCCUCCUCUUUGGCUUAGGCACUUUGCUUCCUUCUCUAGCUUGCCGCAGUUGUCCACCUGUAACCCUAGCACCACCCAAACCUCCUGUAGCUUCACCAUUAAAGCCUCCAGUGAACCCACCCAUACAGCCACUAUCACCACCACCACCACCACCACCACCAACUAUAACAAAAAGCCCUCCUCCUUCACCACCACCUCCGGUUCCAUCUCCACCUCCACCCCCAAAUCAACAAACUUGCCCCAUUGACACUCUCAAGCUAGGAGCAUGUGUUAAUAUCCUAGGUGGUCUAGUGCACAUUGGUCUUGGCAAUGACGCUAAGGAUGCUUGUUGUCCAGUGCUUCAAGGGCUUUUGGACGUAGAAGCUGCUGUGUGUCUUUGCCUCGCUGUUAAAGCUGGGCCUCACCACAUUAAUGCUACUCUAGGCAUUGUAGUUCAAGCCCUUGCUGGUUGUGGCAAGACUCCACCGCCGGGGUUCACGUGUCCUGCCUAAGGUUUGCAACAAAAUAGUUUAUAAUAUUAUUCA